UGCGCGCGUGCGCCUGUGAGAGUGUGACAGAACGAUUGUCACGGAUAGAGCGAGUCCGUUAUUUUACUGUCACACUCCGGUCCCCUGGGGCUUCUUGGUGGGAUGGUGCACAGCACGGUAGCGAAGCAAAGCGGGAGGAAGUUAAAAGCGGGAGGAGUUAUUCGGGCGCCUGCUUUCUCCCUCGGACGGUCGGUGUGUUUGGUUGCUUGGACAGUACUCUAUUAAUGUAGUGUAGGACAAACACACAGCUCUGUCUCUCUCUGUCACUGACUGUCCCUAAGAGUAUCAGGGCCCUCUGCGCGUGUCUUUUGAGAGCACACUGUCAGAAGACCAAGAACACUCACACCUGCCCCUUCUUGAAGCCUGCUUUGUGUAACUAACGGAGACGGAAACGGACCUUUUCCCGCACGGUCGCAUACCCACCAGGUGGCACACAUCAGGCUGAUGAUGAUAGGACCAGAGAGAUUUGGGCUUGUGGAGUUACCUCUGCGCUCAGUGAACGUCGACGGUUCACCUCUCCUGGAGUUGGCGGGAGAGGAGCCGUGCGCAACGGGUGACCACCACGAGAUUGAGAGCCUAGUGACAGCGUCAUUUGAGGUGCCUGUGACUGUAGAAUGCAGUGCGUGGGGAGAGAAGAUGCCGUUCCACCACGUCAGGUCUACACUGCUCUACACUGGAAGUCUCCUGAGCCGGACUCUGUCUGAGGGGAGCGAAGCCUUCCAAAUCACCAGUAUAUCCACUGAGGAGCUAGGAGAGAUCCGGCAGGCGUUCCGGGUGCUGGACCGGGAUGGGAACGGGUUCAUCUCUAAGCAGGAGCUGGGCAUGGCUAUGAGGUCCCUGGGAUACAUGCCUAGCGAGGUGGAGCUGGCCAUCAUCAUGCAGAGACUGGACAUGGACGGUGAUGGCCAGGUGGACUUUGAAGAGUUUGUGACGAUACUGGGACCCAAACUUCUGUCGUCUGAGACCAGAGAAGGUUUCCGAGGAAGCACCAUCGAUAACAUCUUCUGGCAGUUUGACAUGCAGCAGAUGUCUCUUGAUGAGCUGAAGCAGGUUCUGUUCCAUGCGUUCCAAGACCACCUGACAAUGAAGGAUAUCGAGAACAUCAUCAUCAACGAAGAGGAGAGCCUCAAUGAGACAGGGAACUGCCCCGAGUACGAGGGAGUCCAUCCUAAGAAGAAGAACAGACAGACGUGCGUGAGGAAGAGUCUGAUCUGUGCCUUCGCCAUGGCCUUCGUUAUCAGCGUCAUGCUCAUCGCGGCCAAUCAGAUGCUGCGGAAUGGCAUGGAGUAGCCAAUCACAAUGUGAGCCUGGGGAGUGGGCGGAACAGUAUUAUAACCUCACUUCCUCUCUCUGCAGUAAAGAAAAAAGGAAGACAGAGCAGCCAGAACCCAAACACAUCUGUGAAGGACAACUAUAUGUUCUUUUAAAUAAAGUUUGUUUUGAUUUAUACCGUAAACAGACAAGAGGGUGCAAGGCCUGAUGGACAACAAAGUAAAACGAAAAGCCAUUUUUUUCAAGUCACUAGGAGGACUUGAUUAACAUAGAUAGACUGGAAGGGAUGCAAAGCAAUCGUUUUAUAUUUUGUGGGGAUUAUUCCUUUCAUUUCUGUAUCAGAGAAGGCCAGCCGUUUAAAUUAAGAUUGCUUUUCUAAUCUCCCCUUUAAAAGAAUCUAUUCAAUAUGCAGCAGGUGCUUUGAGCCAUUUCUGAACUUUUGGUUCUGGAGUUCAUAUUAUUUCAGGAAGGCAAUAUCUGAGGAUACUGAUACUGUACCACUGUUCAAUGCUUUAAACUGUAUAUAAACAUGUUCAUCUGUUCAUUUAAAAAUA